AUGCGCUGCUCCACGAGGUUGAGAUCAGGUCCGCGAUCGGACAUGUUGCCAAGACCGGCGUCGGCCGAGGAAAGCAAGCUUUCGCAAGGUCAUGCCACAAGGAUAGCCAUCGGCGGCCCCAGCAGCAGCAGCGCUUCAACAUUGCCCGCAGGGCGUGUCCCUGCCAGCGAGCGGCCAACAGGGGGGGUUUGGCAAGUGUUCGAGCAGCGGUCGCCGCAGGUGAGACUUGCUCAACGGACAACUGGUCAAUUCCAUCCAGGAUCGCCAUACGGAGCCGUUUUGGUUUGCUUGUUUGGCCCUCUUCUUGUGACAGCAAUGGACCAUUCUCGAUGCAUAAGUAUCGUAUUACUUCCAGUACGAGAUAUGGCGGCGGGGCAGAUGGACCACCCGCCCUCUCCACUCCAAUCGUAUAUCCUGCAGUUCUGUGAUGAUGAUGUCGUCGAUGGGCUGAAUUAG